AUGGCGUCGAGGAUGGAGACCAGCGAGUCGCAAACAUUCAGCAACCCUCCCGAGAAGGUCGCGGACGUCGGGCCGAAUAAUUCAGGGCGACAAGGCGUGGUGCACCUGGAAUCCGUCCACGGUAGUCUUUCCAAGUUGCCAGAUCAAACACUCCAACUGCAGGCAAUCGCACUCGCUCCGACGAAUCCCUCAGGUCGUCGAGGAAAGAACAACGAAUGA